GUAGAUUCUUUCGAUACAAUAAAAUUGUGCAUGUCGGUUUAUUAAACAAUAACGGUGCCGUUAAUUGGGUCGAAACGGAACGGAACUGAACUGACUCAUUUUCCCGAUUUCAGCCGUGCAACAAAUGAAGUAACAACACCCCUGUGUGACAACAAACCACGACCACGCUGGAGACAUGCUGGAUUAGACACUACUGACUCUAACGUUUUACAUUUGUAUAAAGUACUUUAUUGUUGUCUCCCUUAAAUACCUGCUGAAACAAAAUGGUUGGGAAAAUAAAGCGAACCCGACAGAAACUACAUCAGGAUGCUGUCAAGGUUGACCACUCUCAAAGUGAUCUCGAGAAACCUCCUUUACCAGCUGAAGUAAAGGGACUUGUGUUGCCUGGAAUAAGCAAGGAUUUUGACUUUAACCAGAGAACAAACAAGAGCGACAAUAUUAAAGGGAUAUCUUUAAAGAGUUCAUUUCCAGCUGGCAUAUUUGCUGGAACAAAAAUCACACCUGAGGCUCUCGUGCAGACUUUGAAGUAUGAUGAGCCCUCUAAGUCCACAGCAUCUUCUAAUCAGACAGGUGGUGGUGAAAAGAAACAGCAGUCAAAGAAAGAGAAGAUGAAGGAGAGAAGAGAACGAUGGCUUAACAAGAUAAGUGCCAUCAAGCUGGCGAAGGAGCAGCAGGUGGCUCAGGCCCGUAGGAAGGCCACGCCUGUGGUGGGGGACAUGCGCCAGCUAGUGGAUGCGCUGCCCGAACUCUCUCAGCUCACCGCCACCUCUAAACCCACAGCCACCCGCUCAAAGGCCAAAGCUGGAGAGAAGAAGAAACCCAGCUCAGUGAACUUCAGUAAGAUGAAGCCAGCUCAGAAGAGGAAACUAGUGGAGACUGAGACGGCGUGGUUCAGUCAGGCCCUGAAGAACCCCACCCUGAAAGCCAACCCCUUGGCGGCCAUCACCGAUCACCUGAGGAAACGCCUCAAACAGGAAGAGGAGCAGAGUUAGCCUCGCCCACUACCACAAUCCUGUUGUCUGGUUGGACGUGGAGUUGGCCACAUUCACCUCUUCAGGAUCCUCUCCUCUGAUUGGACACUGUGUUCGCCCCACCCAGUCCUCCACAAUCGUCUUGUGUUAUUGGACACUGAGACACCCAUCAGGACUCUUGUCAUUCCUGCCUCUAGAGUAUGAUGGCAGUGUGUUCUUUUGAUUGAUGCCUUGUUUGGAGUUGAUAUGGUUGCAUGGAAGGUAAUGAAAAGGCUCGGUGUGCACUCCUUGGUUUACAGAUCAAGUGAAUCACUAUAUAUGUGAGUGGUUUCGAAUUCCCUCUUGUCAUGGAGUUGCCUCUGUUAAUCAAAGUCAAGUUGAUUACUCAUUUGUGAAUAUUAAAAACAGAACUGAA